AUGUCGAUAGAAUCUGAUCGUGCUAACAGUGAUGAAGUGAAUGCAGGACCAAAUUGGAAAGGUAGACGUCUUGGUCAGAGCAGUAAUACUAGAGCAAAUUGCAGUGGGACCGAAGAUAUAGCUAUUAGAUAUGAACCUAGAGCACUUUCACGAGCAUAUAUUAUCAGAGAUAGGGAGGAAGCUACUACAUCUGAUGUUAUUGCUAUUACAUUCUAUCUCUUUGAUGUUAAUGUGUAUGCAUUGAUUGACCCUGGGUCAACUCAUUUGUAUAUUUGUACUGCGUUAGUAACGGAUAAGAAUUUAUCUGUUGAGUCAACAAAAUUUGAUAUUCAAGUUACAAAUCCACUGGGAAUGGAUUCGUUGACAUUACAUGAUGUUGUGAUGAACUGUAGAUUGAAACAGAUUGAUUUGAGAUGUUGUAAGGCAUUUUUGGCUUAUAAACUAGAUACUCAGGAAUCAGAAUCAAAGCUUGAUCAAGUACCGAUUGUAAAUGACUUUACUGAUGUGUUCCCUGAAGAGUUACCGGGAUUACCUCCAGAACAUGAAGUUGAAUUUGUGAUUGAAUUAAUGCCUAGGACUGCUCUAGUAUUGAUUGCACCGUAUUGA